UUGUUUGUCUUUAAAAGCAUGCUGUAAAUUCGUGCCAGUGAGAGCUACGACAGUGUGGCAGACAUAUGUUUUUUUCAAAACCAGGAGUGUUUUUUUUUUUGUUUUCUUUCCCCCUCACAGGGAUGUGGCACAAUCAGAGGAUGUCAGGAGUGAGUAGGGAGCACCUCUGUCAGCACAGAUAAAUGCCCAGCUGAUGGCUUCUACUGCAGAAUGGAUAAUGUGCUCCACUCUGUUCAACUGCAGCAGGGUGCCAGAUGGUUAUGGAGGAGGUGAUGGCGCACUAAAGGAUAGUGUGAAACAUCAGCAGCGCCGGCUGAGGAUGGGUGGGGGAUGUUCUCAGUCGACGUGAUACUUUCCCAGGGGGUUGCUCCUGUGCUGUGAUCUGCUUGUUGACAAAAGAACUAUUUUAACUUGCGCUACUUUGUCUGCUGUGAUCCAAAACAUGCUUCAUCCAAAUCAGGGAGUGAAAGGAGAAGUUUGUCUCCCAAGAGCAAGUCAACCAGGAAGCAAUGCUACUAAUAUAGACGUUCUUGAAGGUAAAGCUUGAGCCGUUACUCUGGUACAUCAAACUCAAAGCUUUCUUACGACUUGUUUUUCACUGUGACUUAUUUAUAAGUACAUCAAGUCAAAAAAGCUACCUCAUAGAACCAUGAUGAACAGAACAGAGUGAACAAAAACACCAACACGUAUUCCUCCAGGGACAGGUUGAUAUAACAGACAUUAUUCAGCUCAUUUUAAAUACUAGCUUCAUGUGAGUCAGAAUUUCAAAUAUGCUUUAAUUUUGAAGCAAUCACUUUGUGGUCUUGUCUAGAUUCACUUGUUAAAUAAUUCUCUCUUGGUCGCUUUUUAUUUAUUUAUUCUUAGUUUCAUUUUGUUUUAUUUAUUUUGUUGUAUUGGUUUUGGCCUGGUUUGUUGAAUAUAAAAAUGCAUUAAAAAUAAAUCUCUCUUGUUUGGUGCUGGUUAAAUAUUAAAACACUAAAUCGGUGAAGCAGCAUUUUUCAUCAUAUCAGGCCUCAUCAUAGUGCUGAGUCCAUCAGUAAUAAAUAAAUAAAUAAAAAUUACAAACUGAAGAAUGUGCAAACAUAUUGUCUCACGUAGAGUAAUUGAAAAAUACAACUUUCAUUUUUUUUUAAAAUCUUUACUUAAAACAUAAAGAUUUGCGGAAUGAAGGGAGCUACAAUUAAAAAAAAAAAAGGUAACACAAAUAGCUGGAAAAUAAAAUAAAAAAAACAUAACCAGACAAACAAUGAGCCACUAGCAUGGUAAAUACUGUAAGCAACCAGAUGCUAUGUCCUGACUCCACCACUGCACAGGGAGAAAACCCCUGAAAAAAAUGAUAUAUUAUUACAAUUAUAAAAAGAGAUGCUGCUUUUCAUAUGCUGCCUUGAAACUUAUUGUAGAUCAGAUCAGAUAUCCUUUAUUUUCCCCACACACAGCAACCGUUAAAGACAACAAAGACAUUAAAGAUGCACUUAACAUCAAAGUCAAAGUCUGUGUUUCCUGUGUUGAAUGUGAGCAUAUUAUUUUUUAAUAUGGAUUGUUGGGUACUUCUGAUUUUGAGAUUAUAUUGGGAAUAGCUGUGGAUCAUUUUGAAUUUGGAUCAUGAAUGCUGACUUAACAGUCAAUCAUCAAAAUCAUCAUGAAAAUGAUUUAUUAAAUAUAAAACUAUAUUUAAGAACAUGCCAAAAUCAAGACUUUUUGCAGUAUUUCCUCACCAAAAUGUUGAGUCAAGCAUUUCACAGUCAGGACAAAACAAACUGCUUCAUAAUGUUUCCAACUUCUGUUCAGGAGUGUGCCUCCAUCUUGGAGCUGUUUCAAAUACCCAGAAGGGAGAAGUAAUAAACCAUUGAUAUUUAUGAAGAAAAGUUUAAUCUAAUUUUAUCUUCCCUCUGGUUCUGCACUGCUUCAUUUGUGCACCGUCUCCAAGAGUCAAUCAUCACUCACUCGCUGACAAAGUAAUGGCGUCCAAAUUUAACGCUGCACUAUCUAAUAUUCAACCUCACUCAGUUUUCAUAUCUACCUGCCCUGAGGGGUGACGGAAAAUAUGACAUUGACGCGCUGCUGUGUAGUUAUCAAUGGCUGUUAUUUAUGUUGGGUCCUCAUUUACAAACUAGAUUUGUAUUCAGGGAUUGUUUUAUUUGUUUGUUUAUUUGUUUUUGCUGGAAGCAGAACUGACAUCUGGAGCACUUUUCUAUCCUGUCGACAAAAGAAACAUUAUAAUUGGAACAUAUGUCUGCUGUUGUUGAACAGAAUUGUCCCAUGAAGUGUUUUGUUGUCAGUGCUCACAACAUGAAGGUUUCAAUCUAAAUCUGAGCCUUUUGUGUUCCUCAAAAGUGUGAUGGGUUGACGAAGCUUCCACAGGCAAGUGUGCUCUUUUUCAGAGCCCACUAGAUGGCGCUCUCUGCUCAAAAAUAUUUGUUUUCUCGCAACCAUUUCAGCGAAACCCCCAAAUUAUUUUUAAACCAAGAGCGCUACCUAAAAAAAAAUCAGGACACUCAUGAAGCCUCUUCAACCUAUCACCACUCAAAACGGCUCUGGUUUCCUCCUAAAGUCCAAAAAAAGUAAAAUAUUGUAUUCAUGAUAAGUCAAAAUAGAUUUUACCGAAUACCUUUUAUUACUUAUUAAUAUAAGUAAUUGACUUUUAUUAAUAAGUAAUAUUGGGUGGAGAGGUGGAGAACUUUUCUCCUUUUGGUAUUUUAGAAUGUGUUACUGAACAUUUUUCACAUGUUUUACUGUACAUUAUGCGGCAUAACUGGAUCACAAUCAGAAUAGAAUUUAUUGCCAUGGUCAGUGGGGGUCCCACUAACUGGGAAAGUGCUUCGAAAUAAGGUGCGGUUAAUAAAUAAAAUAAAAUAAAAUACACUUUUUCCCCAUUAUGUCUGGGCAUUACUCGAGCAACAGUUGUGUGCACAUUAUAGAUGGUAAUGGACUCUGCAUCUGCGUCCUUGUACUGAAAUAUCACCUUUUACCAGGAUACGUCUAUAAUGAGCUGAGAAAAAAAUUGCAACAAUGUCGGAGUGAGUGUGUCAGUAAAGGAGGAGGUUAUUUCACGUUCAAGCUUUUGGACGCUCGCCCACCUAUAAAAUCAUUUGAUUUUUCUCACCAAACAUACUAAGAUAUACUUGUAAUAGAAGUCAGUGGAGUGAGAAUGUACGUAACGAAUAAUGAACUAAACGUUUUAAUGUUACUGCGCUCACAUUUAUUCUGGCUACAGAUUUCUGAAGUGCAUCUGGCAUUUAAAAAAAAUCAUAUAACUAUAAUUAUAUAGAUAUAUAUUUUUGAUUCCGCAUUUUUUUCCUUCCAUUAAUUUGCUUUGUUCUUCAAUAUGUGUUUAUCAACCAUGUAAAUAUAAAUAUACCAAAACGUCUAAUAGUGAUAAUUAUCACCAAACAAAUAUCUAAGUUUUUUCUUGUUUGUUUGUUUGUUUGCUUGCUUGUUUUUUUUUUUUAAUCCGGGCGUAAGCGGAACGACUUUACGAGUCAGUAGUUGCAUCGGACGGACAGUCCGUCUUUGUUUUGGAAUCGUGUGGAAACAUUUUCGGCUGAAACUUCGGUGACCCUGUAAAACAUGAGUGCCUGUGUAUUUCUGUUAAAAAUUUAAUCGCUAGAUCAAAAUAUUUUUUAUCAAAAUUAUCACCAACUUUCAGGGUGUUUACCGUUUUAUAAUAUGACUUUUUUCAGACUGCCGGCUUUUCGUUAUAUUAAGCGUUCACUUUACCCGUGGGGACACAAUGAACUCAGAUGCGUUUCAAACAAAUCUGAAGCUCAAAUUCGUAGAUUCAUUUUUGAAAACACGGAAGUGGUUGAGGAGCAUAACUUAACCCCAGAGAUCAAACUGAGACUUUUCACUCCAAGCUGCAGAUUCUGGUUGGAGAGGCCGGAGCUUUGGCCCUUUGACGACCCGUAUUGGGCAAUAUACUGGCCCGGGGGACAAGCUUUGUCCAGGUAUCUGCUUGAUAACCCUGUGAUGUGUCAAGGUAAAGCAGUUCUAGAUCUGGGUAGUGGAUGCGGAGCCUCUGCCAUUGCUGCCAAACUGUGUGGUGCUGCUCGGGUGGUCGCCAAUGAUAUUGAUCCCAUUGCAGCGGUUGCCACUCACAUGAACUCUGAGCUCAACUCUGUGAAGUCUCCUCUUUGUGUGACAAACAACAUGAUUGGUUUUGAACCGGAAAGCUUCGACCUGAUCCUUCUGGGCGACAUGUUCUACGACGAGGCCCUUGCCACAAGCCUCCACGGCUGGUUGGACCGUUGCAUUAAAAUGCACAACAGUCAAGUUCUGAUCGGAGAUCCUGGAAGAGCACAAUUCGAAGAUCUUGGCAUCCGAAAACGUCUUCACAGACUGGCUAAAUAUGAGCUACCAAGUUCAGUUCAAGAGGAGAACUAUGGUCUCACCACUGCAAGUGUGUGGUGCUACCAUUCUUGAUAAACCCACCAAUGUCACAAAGUCAUUGUGAUGUUUUCUUCAGUCUCAAAAUGAUCCUGAAUAAAUCCACUCUCACCAUCUGUGAAUGAAAUAUUGUAAACUAGCUUGGCAAGUAGGAGUGUCGGGUUUUGGCCGCGGACUUGAUCCCGGCUGGAGGCCUGAACUUUGUCUUGGGAAAGUCUCAGCAGGUGGUGAACUUCUCGCCUCAGGUGCCAGAUCCUGGAAACAGCGAGACUCCACACAAACAUGAUAAAUGCUGGGCAGUUAAGGGUCUGAUCGCUCUCUAGGGGUGGGGCUGCGGGAACAUUGCGCUCGGUAACGGGAGCGCAGCGCAUCGGUCCGGGACUCGCGAUGUGUGCGAAUGUUUGAUAACUCACAUGUUGUCACCUUUAUUAGGCUGAUAAACGCCUGAUUUUAUUGACAGACAGAUUUGCUUAAAUGAAUAAUGCUGCGCUCUGCAGUAACUGUUUUCACUGCUGUGAUGUGGCUGCAGCGCAGCUGUCUGUAUGAGGACGACUGUGAGAAGGAAAGACGCAGCUUGAUUUUCCCCAAGUUACUGAAGAUCAUCAGACGAUUCAUUCAUCAUGUCCGACAUCUGGAUCUGUACUUCAGUGAUUAAAACCUUCUAGAUCCCCAGUAAUCUCUCUCACUUUGUUCAAGGUGUUGUGGCUGCAGUGUGGCUCAAUGAAGAUGCUCCAUAUUACGCAGCUUGUUUUCGCUAUUUCUUUGUAAAAUAAACAUGACAUGUUUAGUUUUGGCUGUGAAACGCUACAUUCUGUUACAGCCGUGACGGAGGUCCGUCAUCAGUUAAUAGCAAUCUGACAUUUAUUAUCCACCCACAGGUGAUCUGAGGGCCAUAGGGAACAACUGUGAAUUUGUCACCUCAGGAUCUAGAUCAGAGGUGUCAAAAGGCCAGUGGGGGUGCAGGUUAGAACUAUUUGACUCUUUUAAAAAGUUAAAUGAGGAAGCAUGUCUGCUGGCUUUGUUGGUGACUCAUCCUAUCCUGUCUUAAAAAUCAAUAAAUGCAGGACGUGGUUCAGUGGGAGAAACCAUAGCACUGAAAAGCAUGAUAACGUGAUUAACCUCUUGUGUUCUUUAUGUCAAAGAAGCAGAAUAUUCUUCACAGUAAAAAUUAUAAUUGACAUUCACAUCAAUUACAAUAAGAAGAAACUGUAGACCGGUUCUGUGUUUGUGAACAGAGAUGACGCAAAAACUGAGGAUGCACCGAACAUUCGUCAGCCGAAUAUAUUUGACUGAAUAGUGCAAAAAAAAAAAAGCAACAUUCAGCUGCGGUGGUGAAGAGUCACCGUAGCCGAAUAGUGAUGUGUGACACAAUACAUUUGCAUUAUUAGCCAUUUCACUGUGGCUAAGUACUUUUUUUUUAUUUCAUUUUUAUUAUUU